AUGGAAGCCGCUAACCUCUCGGCGGCCGCCCCCAGCGUGGCCCUUCCCUCGGGAGCCGGGACCUGCAGCGGUAGUCCAAGCCCGAGCGGGGUCGUCGAGUUGACCCCCGGUGGCGCCGUGCCUCCUGGCCGAGAGGCAUCCCUCUCAGUCUUCACUGUCCUGGUGGUGACUCUGCUGGUGCUGCUGAUCGCGGCCACUUUCCUGUGGAACCUGCUGGUGCUGGUCACCAUCCUGCGUGUCCGCGCCUUCCAUCGCGUGCCACACAAUCUGGUGGCCUCGACGGCCGUAUCGGACGCACUGGUGGCGGCGCUGGUGAUGCCGCUGAGCCUGGUGAGCGAGCUGUCAGCCGGGCGACGGUGGCGGCUGGGCCGGAGUCUGUGCCACGUGUGGAUCUCCUUCGACGUGCUGUGCUGCACUGCCAGCAUCUGGAACGUGGCGGCCAUCGCCCUGGACCGCUACUGGACCAUCACGCGCCACCUGCAGUACACGCUGCGCACCCGCCGCCGCGCCUCGGCGCUCAUGAUCGCGCUCACCUGGGCGCUUUCGGCACUCAUCGCCCUGGCGCCGCUUCUGUUUGGCUGGGGCGAGGUGUACGACGCUCAGCUCCAACGCUGCCAGGUGAGCCAAGAACUCUCUUACGCCGUCUUCUCCACUUGCGGCGCCUUCUACCUGCCGCUCGGCGUGGUGUUAUUUGUCUACUGGAAGAUCUACAAGGCAGCCAAGUUUCGCUUCGGACGCCGCCGCCGGCCGACGGUGCUGCCGUUGCCGACCACCAGACAGACCAGACAGGCACCUCAGGAGGCUGAGAUGGUGUUUACAGCGCGUUGCCGCCCAACCGUGGCCUUUCAGGCGAGUGGAGACUCGUGGCAGGAGCAGAAGGAGAAGCGAGCAGCCAUGAUGGUGGGGAUUCUGAUUGGUGUGUUUGUGCUGUGCUGGAUCCCCUUCUUCUUGGCAGAGCUCAUCAGUCCCCUCUGUGCCUGCAGCCUGCCUCCCAUCUGGAAAAGCAUAUUUCUGUGGCUUGGCUACUCCAAUUCUUUCUUCAACCCCCUGAUUUACACGGCUUUUAACAAGAACUACAAUGAUGCCUUCAGGAGCUUCUUUACCAAGCAGAAGUAA